CGCUGCACGGCUCCCACAAUCCGUAGCUCCACAUUAGGAAUUUGAACAUGGCGGACACGGUGCAAGACGGCUGAUCCGCUGCGAUAGUCAGCCUUGUUUUCUCACUUCUAACAGCCCCAGCAGAAUCUCCGUAGACCAGAGCAGAGAACAAGCACCAAACUUCAACCUCCAGCAAGUUGUUCACCAGACCAGGACCGAACCAUCUGCCGCCAUGACGGGGUCCGAAGCCUCCAUCAACAUCAAAGAGUCGGAGGUGAUCAAACUGAUCCUGGACUUCCUACACAACCGGGAGCUGCACGUGUCCAUGCUGUCUCUCGAGAAGGAGAGCGGAGUCAUCAACGGGAUGUACUCGGACGACUUGCUGUUCCUACGUCAGCUGAUCCUAGACGGCCAAUGGGACGACGUUCUGGAGUUCAUGCAGCCUCUGGAGAGCAUCGACGGGUUCCAGAGCGACCACUUCCGCUACCUGAUCCUCAAGCACAAGUUCCUGGAGAUGCUCUGUAUCACCAAGUCAGAGCCCAACAUGCAGUUCCCGGACAUCUCGGUGGACGACGUGGUGGAGUGUCUGAACGCGCUGGAGCCGUACUCGCCCACCCGGGAGGAGUACAGCAGCCUGUGUCUGCUGCUGACCCUGCCGCAGGUCACCGAUCAUGUGGAGUACAAGAACUGGAACCCCAGCACCGCACGCGUACACUGCUUCCAGGACGUUGCAAAGAUGGUAGAGACAUUCUUGCCGGCCAAUAAGAAACUGUCGGAGGCGGGAUUCACGGCGUCCCAGGACAGACUGGUCAAUCUGAUGAUCAAGGGACUUCUGUACGAGUCGUGCGUGGAGUUCUGUCAGCAGAAGGCGACGACGGACAGCCCCAACACCCCGAUCGAGGACAUCAUCAUCUCCGACAUUCUCCAGGGUAGCGCCAGCGACGAGGCCGACCUCAGCCUGUUGUCAUGGCUACAGAGUAUUCCGCCGGCGACCUUCACGUGCGCGUUCGAACAGAAGAAGCUGAAGCUCCAGGUGGAUAAGAUCGUGAAGCCGCCGCCCGCGCCGAUCAGUGAACUCCUUACGCCAGUCAUGAACAGAGUCUCUCCCUACCCAACCACGCCCACCAAACGCCCGCGAUCCGCGGACACGUACUCUCACAUGACGCAGUCGCUGAACCCCUCGCUAGACGGACUCUCGUACGGACUGAUGAAUCAGACAAAGGAGAGAAAAGAGGCAAAGGCAGAAACAAAGGCAGCGAACAUCAUGUCGCGAUCCUUCGCGGCGUUUCACAGUCCGAGCCGGGGAACAAACGCGGGAUUCAUGUCGACAAUGUUCGAUAACUCAAUCCAGGAGGAAGGGUCCAGCGAGACGACAUCGCCUGAUACGAGCGUAUCGGAUAAGGGGGAGGAGAAACCACAGCAGGUGUUGAUGAAGAGACUUCCCCAGGCGAUGGAGUUCAGCCCGCCCCAGCCCCGCCGACAGCCACACCCGCCCUCACACCCACCGAAACAGCCAAACCACCAAGUUAAGAAGAGCCCCAGGGCCAAGGAGAUCCCACCGCAACACCCGACCCCACAACAGCAACAACAACCACAACAACAACAACAACAACAACAGCUUACCGGCAGUAUGGUAGACUCACAGCUGGCGUAUGAGGAGUUCAGAAGACAGAGGGAACAGUUUGAGGAACAGCUCAGACAGCAGGAGGAGCAACGAGCGCAAUUUGCUAAGCAGUUGGAAGACGGCCUGUCCGGACAGCGACCAACGGGACCACGUCCGCAAGCCAACACUUCAGCGGCAGAGUCUCCUCCCUUCACACCGCCCAGCAAACAGCCAGGUUUGUGUACGAGUACCCCCAGACCAGGGGCAGCUCCGUCCCAGGCCAUGCCGACACCCAGCACUAUUGGCAAGGCACCAAGUCCUCAGACCAGUCCACGGCCAGUCGGACCAGUAACAAGAUCUCUAGAAGCAACAUUCAACAAGCUGUCUGUGCAGGACGGAGCGCCGAUGGUGGACGGACAUACGCCCAAACUGUCGCACAGUCCAUCCAGUACAUCUAGCGGAGACACUCUGGGGAAAACUAGACAAAGCCACAUCAUGGACCCCAAAGCCAAGGGCCACCACUUCAUCCCAGUGACCACCCUGGAGGACAGCAAUUCAUGCAUUUUCAUGAUCAUAAAUUUGUGCAAGUGCUUUCAAUUGGAUCCAAAAGCCAAGGGCCACCAUUUCAUCCCAGUGACCACGCUGGAGGACAUGCAGGCCAUCCGUGCCGUGGCCUUCCACCCCAGCGGCGCCCUCUACACCAUCGGAUCCAACUCCAAAACACUCCGCGUCUGCUCCUACCCUGGGGUCACUGACCUAAGACCAGACCAGAAGCCAGAACAGCCCACAGUCCUGUACAAGAGAAACAGACAUCACAAAGGGUCCAUCUACUGCAUCGCCUGGAGCCCGACCGGGAAUCUCAUCGCUACCGGAUCCAACGACAAGUGUGUGAAGGUGCUGAAGUUCAAUGCUGACACCUGCAAUGCUGAAGAUUGGCCCCAGGUUUCUGAUCCAGACAGCCCCGAGAAUGACCUGGCCCAAGGCCCCGAUAUGGAGCUGACCAUGCAUGAUGGUACGGUCCGUGACCUGGUGUUCAUGAGAGAUGUGAACCAGGGCUAUCCCAUUCUGAUCAGCGGGGGUGCCGGGGACUGCUGUAUCUACACCACAGACUGUGAGAAGGGGGAGGGGCUGCACGCUCUGGCGGGACAUACAGUGAGCCCAGUAGCGUCAUAUCCUUGUUUUUCUGUUCCAGUGAGCCCAGUAGCAUCAGUAUGUGUGGACCCGAGCGGCCGCCUCCUCGCCUCCGGACACGAGGACAACAGCUGCAUGCUGUAUGACAUCAGCGGCGGCCGCGUGGUCCAAGCCUUCAAGCCGCACACCAACGACGUCCGGUCCACGCGCUUCUCUCCCAACGCCUACCACCUGCUGACAGGGUCCUACGAUCAUUCCAUUAAAAUCAUUGACCUUCAAGGAGAUCUUACAAAGACGCUGCCUGUCACGUCAGUCGCCACACAUAAGGACAAGGUUAUCCAGUGCAGAUGGCACCCCACCGAAAACGCUUUCCUCUCCACCAGUGCAGACAGAACGGUCACGUUGUGGGCAGAACCGCAGCAUAGAUAGGCACAAGCUACAGCAGGAAACUAUGUACCUUUGCCUUGGGAGCACCUUUAGUAAUCUGCCUAUUAAUAACUAUUCAAACACAAGUCAAUGUCUACAACUGGAUAAAAACGGAGAUUUACUUCCGUUACUUCCGGAGGUAAACGGAAGUAAGUCUCCAUUUUUAUCCGGUGGUAGAGAUUGAAUUGUAUUUGAAUAUUGUUUACUUGGAACCUUCAUAACGGAAUCUGCCUAACUCAGUGUUCCACCUGUAAUGUACAAUGUGUGGUAGAAAAACUUGCUGUACAUUUUGCCUAACAGAUUAACUGUCAUCAAGACACAACAAGAUAUACUUCAUUUUGUGCACUGCUAAAGCAACUCAAGCAAACUACACACCCUCUACCCUGAGGCAUGUUAAAACAACUGACAUUAUGCAUAGCUUCAGGCACUUCUCACCUGUAAACUAAUGAAGUAGAACAACUUGCUGUACAUUUAGCAUAAUUGGAUAGAGCAGUAUACAAUCCAGUUGUCUGUAACAGUGUAUAAUAGGAACAAGCUACAUACAGUCUACUUUGAGCUAUGCUAAGACAACUUACAUUACACCUUACCCCAAAAUGAUAUGCAGUGUUCAUGUUGCCCAACUUAACAUGGACAAAGGGAAUUACAGUUCAUUUGUCCUCACCAAUUGAGAAAGAAACCCUUUCCCAUAGGAGACAUUCAAACAACUAAUUACGCCUUUCACUUUGUCACAUCUGUUAAGUGUACUACCAUACUGAAUAUUAGCAUAUUAUUACUAUUCCAUGUAAAACAACAUGCUGUACAUUUUGCCUAACUUGACAAAGGUACAGUUCAUUUGGUCUAACAGUGUAAUACAUCAGCAAAUGUUAGAACUACCAGUAAAUGUGGCAACAGACUUAGAGAGCUGAACUAAACUCUUGCUGGAAACACUAUUCUAAGCUGUGUCUAACCAAGUGCACUACUCCAUAUUCACCUAACUCUAACUCUGUACAAUGUAUGCUGAAACUGUUUUGCUUGGCAAUGCUUUACUGCACAAACUUCUAGCCUAUGCCUUAUUGAGCCAAUCAACUUGUUGUAGUGUAAUGCACAUUGCUUUUCAAUGCAUACGUUAUUGCUGUAAAUGCAUUUCAGUUUGAGUUUUUGUUUGCACUUCACCAUGAACUUAAACUACCACAAGAUUAUUGUUCUGCCUACUCCCUUGUCUAAGCACCUCAUGUGCAUACUAUGUAUUGUACUUUCUUAUGAUGUGUAACACUUGGAGGCGCCUGUUCUGUCCAUCUGUAGCACCCUUGCCGAGGUGCUGGUAGGU